GUCUCUGGAAUUGAGCAGUUCCCUCUCUGUCAGGUCCUGGUCCGCCUUCCCUGCUGCUGGGCGCGCCUCUGACCCUCGGCUGAUGGGCACUUGACGGCUUUUGUUCCUGGGCCCAGGAUGAGGAGGAGCUUAGCUCCUAGUCAGCUGGCCCGGAGGAAACCGGAAGGCAGGUCCUCUGAAGAUGAAGACUGGCAGCCUGGAGCAGCGACUCCUAAGAAACGGAAAUCCAGCAGUGAGGCCCAGAUUCAAGAAUGUUUCCUGUCUCCUUUUCGGAAACCUUUAACCCAGCUAACCAAUCGACCACCUUGUCUGGACAGCAGUCAGCAUGAAGCAUUUAUUCGAAGCAUUUUGUCAAAGCCUUUCAAAGUUCCUAUUCCAAAUUAUCAAGGUCCCCUGGGUUCUCGAGCAUUGGGUCUGAAAAGAGCUGGGGUCCGCCGGGCCCUCCAUGACCCCCUGGAGGAAGGUGCUUUGGUUCUGUAUGAGCCUCCCCCACUGAGCGCCCAUGACCAGCUGAAGCUUGACAAGGAAAAACUACCAGUCCAUGUGGUUGUUGAUCCUAUUCUCAGUAAGGUUUUGCGACCUCAUCAGAGAGAGGGAGUGAAGUUCCUGUGGGAGUGUGUCACCAGUCGACGCAUCCCUGGCAGUCAUGGUUGCAUCAUGGCCGAUGAGAUGGGCCUGGGGAAGACGCUGCAGUGCAUCACAUUGAUGUGGACACUUUUACGCCAGAGUCCAGAUUGCAAGCCAGAAAUUGACAAAGCAGUGGUGGUCUCACCCUCCAGCCUGGUGAAGAACUGGUACAAUGAGGUUGGGAAAUGGCUUGGAGGGAGGAUCCAACCUCUGGCCAUUGAUGGAGGAUCCAAAGAUGAGAUAGACCGAAAGCUGGAAGGAUUUAUGAACCAGCGUGGAGCUAGAGUUCCUUCUCCCAUCCUCAUCAUUUCCUAUGAGACCUUCCGCCUCCACGUUGGAAUCCUUCAGAAAGGCAGUGUUGGAUUGGUCAUAUGUGAUGAGGGACACAGGCUCAAGAACUCUGAGAAUCAGACUUACCAGGCUUUGGAUAGCUUGAAUACCAGUCGGCGGGUGCUCAUCUCUGGAACCCCCAUCCAGAAUGAUUUGCUUGAAUAUUUCAGCUUGGUACAUUUUGUAAAUUCUGGCAUCCUAGGGACUGCCAAUGAGUUCAAGAAGCACUUUGAGUUGCCAAUACUGAAGAGUCGAGAUGCAGCUGCCAGUGAGGCAGACAGGCAGCUGGGAGAGGAGCGGCUCCGGGAGCUUAUUGGCAUCGUGAAUAGGUGUCUCAUACGGAGGACAUCUGAUAUACUUUCUAAAUAUCUGCCUGUGAAGAUUGAACAAGUGGUUUGUUGCAGACUGACACCCCUUCAAGCUGAAUUAUACAAGAGAUUUUUGCGACAGGCUAAGCCGGCAGAAGAAUUACAUGAGGGCAAGAUGAGUGUAUCUUCACUUUCUUCCAUUACCUCAUUGAAGAAGCUUUGUAAUCAUCCAGCGCUAAUCUAUGACAAGUGUGUGGCAGAGGAGGAUGGUUUUGAGGGUGCAUUGGACAUUUUCCCUCCUGGUUACAGCUCUAAGGCUGUAGAGCCACAGCUGUCAGGUAAAAUGCUGGUUCUGGAUUACAUUCUGGCCGUGACCCGAAGCUGCAGCAGUGACAAAGUGGUGCUGGUGUCUAAUUAUACCCAGACGUUGGAUCUCUUUGAGAAGCUCUGCCGGGCCCGAAGGUAUUUGUAUGUCCGCUUGGAUGGCACAAUGUCCAUUAAGAAGCGAGCCAAAGUUGUGGAGCGCUUCAACAGUGUAUCAAGCCCUGAUUUUGUUUUCAUGCUGAGCAGCAAAGCUGGAGGCUGUGGCCUAAAUCUCAUUGGGGCGAACCGGCUGGUCAUGUUUGACCCGGACUGGAACCCAGCCAAUGAUGAACAAGCCAUGGCCCGGGUCUGGCGUGAUGGUCAAAAGAAGACUUGCUAUAUUUACCGCCUACUUUCUGCAGGCACAAUUGAGGAGAAGAUCCUCCAACGGCAGAGUCACAAGAAGGCGCUGAGUAGCUGCGUGGUAGAUGAAGAACAGGAUGUGGAGCGCCACUUCUCUCUGGGUGAACUGAAGGAGCUGUUUACUCUGGAUGAGGCCAGCCUCAGUGACACACAUGACAGGCUGCACUGCCGACGUUGUGUCAACAACCGCCAGGUCCGGCCACCCCCUGAUGGCUCUGACUGCACUUCAGACCUGGCUCAGUGGAACCAUACUACAGAUAAGCGGGGGCUCCAGGAUGAGGUCCUCAAGGCUGCCUGGGAUGCUGCCUCCACCGCCAUCACCUUUGUCUUUCACCAGCGUUCCCAUGAGGAGCAGCGCGGUCUCCGUUGAUAACCAGCUGGUUUCUGGUGUAGCUUGUUAGAAGAUGGAUACAGGGAAAAGGGGCUCCCUGCCCUACAAAGCACUGCUGAAUUUUGUUCUCUGGGAGAAAAACCAUCAAGAAGGGCUGCAUGAUGUUUGCCCAAAAUUUAUUUUAUAAGAAAACUUUUUUGGUUAAAAAAAAAAAAGAAAAGAAUAAAGGUAUGAAAGG